AUGCUUCACAUAUUUUGUCUUUUCUCUCUCUUUUUUACAAUUUUUUUUGUCAGUCCGCCUUUUCCUCAUUUUUUUUUUCAUUCAUUCUCUAUUUUCGCAGCUCGCGCUUUCUUUUCUUUUUAUCCCCCCACCGUUAAAAUCGGACGAAGAAACUACUUCACUUACCCUGUAAUCCAAAACUUUCUUUCGACCGUAAAACAACUCGGUGCAGGUCAUGUGACACUCACGUGGUCUGCGUACGGUGUUGGUCGGUUUGGGCGUUCCCAUUCACGCCGUUUGGGUCGACAUUUUAACACGAUAAACGAUUCCAUCUCAAUAUUUUCAUAUCUAUCUAUCUAUCUAUCUAUCUAUCUAUCUAUCUAUCUAUCUAUCAAGCUAGCUAGCGACCUAGCUAUCUAUCUAGCUCUCUUUCUUAAUCUUUUCAUAUCUAUCUAUCUGUCUAUUAAUCAACUGAUAUCUAUCUAUCUAUCUAUCUAUCUAUCUAUCUAUCUAUCUAUCUUUUUUUCUUCGCUUCCAAGAAAUGAUAAUAUUUACAGAGAUUUUGUUUUUCUUUCUCUCUACUCACAUUUUCUUUCCUUUUUUUUAAGUCAGUCGAUAAGUUUGGUAUUCGUCUUCAGCUGA